CUACUACAUACUAUCUACAACCUAUUCACUUAACUAUACAAAUACAGCCGUUUACUUAGAGACCUUAUACCAUCUCAAGAAACUAUAUCAAACACACAUAACAACGAUGGCAUCCAGAAUGCUCUUCAGAUCAGCCGCCACCAUUGCUACAGGUAGGCAAGCAGUAGCACAACGGACCUUCACCACCAGCUCCGCAAACCUAGCCUACAAGGAGAGCAGCCACGGAUCCGAAGCAUUCGACCCCGAAAAGCACAAGCAGGAUCUGCUAGCGAAGCACAAGGAAGGCAAGGGCCACUGGAAGCCCGAGCUGGCAUCAGAUAGCGAGGAAGCCGUAAAGGCGGACCGGCACGGCGGCAGCGGCAAGGAGGACAUCACGACCCUACAGGAGCGCACCAAGCGUGCUGCGGAAGAGACUAGCAAGGCUGGUACCAGCAUGCGCGACGGGUUUCGACUUGAUGGAUAAGGACGGCGCGGGCCCGACGAAGUAAUACGGGUGGAUGAGUGGAAUGGAGAUGAUGGAGACGAUGGCUUUGUUCGGUUGUUAUGGUAGGCGGCUUUAUUGAGGACUCAUUCAAUUUGUAUUGUACGAUAAGAAGUGAAUAUGGACUCAGGGUCUAUGGGUUAACUGAAGCAUCUAGUAUACAUGCUUGGCUAUCGUUCUUCGCCAAUGUGCAACCUAUGAAUCUUCGCCUAUAGCUAGAAUGGAAUGUA